AUGCGAAUCUCUACCCUCAUUCCGCUCCUCUCCGGAGUCUCCGUCGCCGUCGGGCAGUACUACGAAGCUCGCAAGCUGACCGAGAUCCAACCCAGCAACACCCGCUUCACCGACCUCGCCUUCCGCGGCGAGACCGGAUACAUUCUGCUGACCGCAGUCGGGGGAACGGUCCACCAAUUCGACUCUUUCCACCAGCACGGCGGGCCGCAGACACUCGCCACAGUCGUGCAGCAGGAACUCGCCGGGAUUGUCGAGCUCGACACGGACCGCUAUGGCGUCACCGCGUGGUCGCAGAACGGAGACGCGCCUACAAUGUCGUUGUACGAGCUCGACCUGACGGAGCCGGCGACAGCAAUGUGGCCCAUCGGUUCGCCAAACAGGACCCCUGUGAACAUCAAGCUCGGUGGGCUCGCGGCGAUCAACUCCCACAUUUCGUUCCAGGUCGAUACUGGCGCCGCGCUCCGGGGCAUCAACUGGGCGGACGGGACUCUCUUCAAGGAUCCCUACUUUGAUCAAAUCCAGCCCGGCACUAUCGGCAUUGCAUACCGCGCGCCGAACCUGUACGUCACCGAUGCCCAGGCCGGAACGUUGAAGCGGGUCAAGGUCAACGAGGUCACCGGGGCUGUCUUUCCGAGCACGUUUGAGACGCUCGUCACAUCGUCUUUCCUCAAGGGUUGCGCGGGCAUUGCGCUCUCGCACUGGAAUGAGGAUAUCUUCGUGACGAAUCCGACACUAGGAGCGAUUCUAAGAGUGAAUCUGCAGACGAAGACUGUGCGCUUUGUUAGUGUCAAUUCGAUCGUCAAGCCUGUGGCCGCGGAGUUUGCGCCGUGGGGCGGGCUGUAUGUUGCAGCGCAAGGGGAUAACAGUGUGGGAUCGAGCGUUUGGUCUGUCAAGGUGCCUGAUGAGCCAGCACGGUGA